AUGGCAGGAAUCACAGCAAGAAUUUUCUACAGCAGCUCCCGACAGAAAUAUGGACAAGGGAGAAUGUCCUUUUCGAGAGCUGAACGAUUGCUGAAUGCAAUCGCAGAUGACUCUGACAUUGAAGAUUUGUCAGAUGGUGAAGAGAAUGAUCCUGCUGGAGCUGAUGAACAACAAGAUGAGAGAGCAGAUUUGUCGCCGGUGGAGUACAUGGAGCAGUACAUUGACAUAGAACUAUUGAAACUCCUUGCUGACUGUACAAAUUCUAUGUCAUUAGCUAAAAGUGGGAGAUCUCUCAACACAUCGGUUGAAGAGAUGUACCACUUUUUUGGAGCAUCCAUCUUGAUGUCCUGCAUCCCUUACCCACAAACCCGCAUGUUCUGGUCCACUAGCCUGAGAAUCCCUGCCAUUAGUGACACAAUGAGACGCGACCGUUUCUUCAAGCUGAGGAGCCAUCUGAAGGUAGUAAUUGAUGAUGAUGUUCCCGAAGACAGGAAAACCGACAAAUUCUGGAAGGUGAGGCCUUUCAUGAAUCGCAUACUCAAAGGCUGCCACGCUCAGGCUCGACCAGAAUCCGUCUCAAUAGAUGAGCAGAUGAUACCAUUCACUGGAGCCUGUCCGUUCCGCCAGUAUGUGCCGCUAAAGCCAAAUCCAGUUGGCAUGAAGAACUUUGUCUUGGCAUCAGCAGAUGGCAUCGUUCUGGACUUUGAAGUGUACCAAGGCUCAAAGUCAUUGGCUGCACAGGUUCCGGACACAGAAGGAUUGGGUUUGGGAGCCCUGGUCCUCAAACGGCUGACAAAAACAGUGCACCCUGGUACAAAGGUGUACUGCGACAGGUUCUUCACCACCACAUCAGCUGUGGACUCCAUGCUGGAGAAGCAGGUGUAUCUAUCUGGUACAGUCAUGAAGAACAGGAUUCCAAAAGCAAUGCAGAAGCUGCCAAGUGACAAGAUCAUGAAGCAGCAAGGCAGAGGUACCUCUGCAUCAGUUGUCAGGGGAGAUGGGAAACUGAGUGUUGUGAAAUGGUUUGACAACAAGCCAGUCCUGAUGCUCUCUGCUGUCCACGCUAAGGAGCCAGAGGAUACCUGCCAGCGUUGGUCUAAGAAAGACAAAUGCUACAUAACCGUCAGACGACCAAAUGUUGUAAAGGAGUACAACGCAAAGAUGGGUGGGGUAGACUUAUCAGACAGAAUGAUGAGCUACUACAGGAUGAGUGUGCGAACGAAGAAGUGGACGAUUCGCAUGCUUAUGCACUUCAUGGAUCUGGCUCUGGCCAACAGCUGGCUGCUGUAUCGCAGAGAUCACAAAGAACAUGGUACCCCAAGAAAGGCUAUCAUGACGUUCCUUGCGUUCCGCAUGGACGUGGCUCAGGUGUUCCUCAACAAGUGUGAUGUCACGCAUGCAGAGGAAGAGAGUGCAUGCUGUCCACAAUCUGUCCAAAGAUCCCUGGUCACUCCAGUCCCCCACAUCUCAGUGCGUACAACCUCUAAUGCUCAUCUGCCAGAAGUUGUCGAUCUCAAGAACCCGAUGCGUUGCAGACAACAAGGCUGCCCUGGGAAAUCCCGCGUGCGCUGUACGACAUGCUUUGUGUUCCUCUGCCUGCAAAGUAGGCGCAACUGCUAUGAAGCCUUUCACAGAGGCUAG